AUGUUGGACUCAUUCCUGCACGAUUAUAUUGUAACCUCUUUGAUUUAUUUCUCACCUGACUGUAACUCCCUGUCUCUGCAGGUGGAGCUUGUCUACUACAUAUUCGGCCGCCAUAAAUUCCACGGCGCCAUCACGGCUAACCUGGAGCGUUUUGUGCGGCGCUUCAACGAGGUUCAGUACUGGGUGGUGACGGAGCUGUGCCUCUGUGAGGACCUGAUGAAGAGAGCCGUGCUGCUCAAGAAGUUCAUAAAGAUCGCUGCAGUAUUAAAGGAGCAGAAGAACCUGAAUUCAUUCUUCGCUGUAAUGUUCGGUUUGAGCAACAGUGCAGUACACCGGCUUUACAAAACCUGGGAGAGAAUACCCAGCAAGAUAAAAAGGAUUUACUGCGCCUAUGAGAGGUUGAUGGAUCCCUCUCGUAACCACCGAGCCUACAGACUGGCUGUGGCUAAACUCAGUCCUCCGUACAUCCCCUUCAUGCCGCUGCUGCUCAAAGGUGACACAACAUGCUUCAAACAUGUUCAAUAA